GGGGGUGUUUGACUUUGACCUCUCUUCAUCUCGACUGCUGACCAGUUCACAUUUUGCAAAUGACAAUUAUUUAAUUUUCUUCCUUUUUAGUUUUCCCUCUCUCUCUUCUCUCUUUCCUACCAACCCACCUUCAUCUUGUCCUCAUAUAUUAAUCAAAUCUAUAUAAUUCUCCCAGAAUCUCGUUUACAGUUUAUUCACGUUCUUCCAUUACACACUUUUGUAAUUUUUUUUCUACAAUUUCGCGCUCUAUUUUCUGGAUAAUUUCAUAAACUUUUUUACAUUUUUUUUUUUCUUGGGGUGAAGAUUUUCCAGGUGGGAUUUCGUCAUACUUAUUUCUUGUACAAAUCUUUGUUUCUUUUUUUUUAUAUUAUUCCAUUGAUUUCGUCGUUUCCGAUCAAAAUUAUUGUCAAAAGUUAUAAUAUAGUGUUAUAUUUCAAACCCCUUCAAAUUAGAAGAAGAUAAUCAGGGUUUGAUUGAAUUGUAUGAAUUGAAUUCAUAUCUUUAAAUUUCUGGGUUUUUCUUUUCCUCAUUUGGGUUUGUAUAAAGUUAGAUCCUUUGUGUUUGUAUAUUGUAAAAUUGUUAGAAUUUAGAGGGGUUGUUCUUAUUUUUUUUUUAUAAAAAAAGAAAUAUAAAAAAUGGGGAAUUGUUGUAUGACACCAAAUGGUGGUGAAGAUGUAGGAAAGAAAAGAGGUAAAAAGAUUAAAGAAAAUAGAUUUGCAAGUGAAUAUGGAAAUGGAGGUUCAAAAUUGGUAGUUUUAAAAGAACCAACAGGGCAUAAUAUUGAGGAAAAUUAUGAACUAGGUAGGGAGCUUGGAAGAGGUGAAUUUGGGAUAACAUAUUUGUGCACUGAUAAAACAAGUGGUGAGGUUUUGGCUUGUAAGAAGAUAUCAAAAAAGAAGCUAAGAACUGCUAUUGAUAUUGAGGAUGUUAGGAGGGAAGUUGAGAUCAUGAAGCAUAUACCUAAACACCCUAACAUUGUAACCCUUAAGGAUACUUUUGAGGAUGAUUAUGCUGUUCAUUUGGUCAUGGAGUUGUGUGAGGGUGGCGAACUGUUCGAUCGAAUCGUUUCUCGAGGGCAUUACACUGAGAGGGCAGCUGCCAUUGUUAUGCGCACCAUUGUUGAAAUUGUUCAGGCAUGCCACAAGCAUGGAGUGAUGCAUCGCGACCUGAAACCAGAGAACUUCCUUUUUGCAAAUAAGAAGGAAACAGCUGCUUUAAAAGCAAUUGAUUUUGGGCUCUCUGUAUUCUUCAAACCUGGAGAAAAAUUCAAUGAAAUAGUGGGGAGCCCAUACUACAUGGCUCCUGAAGUACUUAAAAGAAAUUAUGGCCCUGAAGUAGAUAUCUGGAGUGCUGGAGUUAUCCUCUACAUUUUGCUAUGUGGCGUUCCACCUUUUUGGGCAGAAACUGAGCAAGGAGUAGCGCAAGCAAUUAUUAGAUCGGUAAUAGAUUUUAAAAGGGAUCCUUGGCCUAGAGUUUCUGAUAAUGCCAAAGACCUCGUACGAAAGAUGCUUGAUCCAGAUCCUGCACGCCGACUUAGUGCUCAGCAGGUGUUGGAUCAUCCUUGGUUACAGAACAUAAAAAAGGCUCCAAAUGUUUCUUUGGGUGAAACAGUGAAAGCAAGACUUAAACAGUUUUCGGUUAUGAACAAGCUCAAGAAAAGAGCUCUAAGGGUCAUUGCUGAGCAUUUGUCAGUAGAGGAAGUUGCCGGAAUUAAGGAAGGAUUUGCAUUGAUGGACACUGGGAAAAAGGGCAAAAUCGGCAUCGAUGAAUUGAAAUCCGGAUUGCAUAAGCUUGGUCAUCAGAUUUCUGAAGCGGAUCUCCACAUUCUAAUGGAUGCUGGUGAUAUAGAUAAGGAUGGAUACUUGAAUUAUGGGGAGUUUGUAGCUAUAGCUGUUCAUUUGAGAAAAAUGGGAAAUGAUGAGCACCUGCAAAAAGCGUUCUUGUUUUUCGAUCAAAAUAGAAAUGGGUAUAUUGAGGUAGAAGAGUUGAGGUAUGCUCUAGCUGAUGAACUUGAUGACAAUAGCGAGGAGGUCAUAAGUGCUAUUAUGAGAGAUGUCGAUACAGAUAAGGAUGGGCGAAUAAGUUACGAAGAGUUUGCAGCAAUGAUGAAGGCUGGAACAGACUGGAGGAAAGCUUCAAGACAAUAUUCGCGAGAACGAUUUAAUAAUUUGAGCUUGAAAUUGAUGAAGGAUGGUUCAUUGCAAUCAGCUAAUGAGGGAAGAUGACCCUUUGGUGUGAUCAAUAGAAGAGUUAUGAUUUUUUCCUUCAUUGAAUCUCUCUCAUUCUUGUUAGUGGUGUUUGUUUCAUAAUUCUCUCGCAUGCUCAGAAAUGUUUUGUUGGUGUUCUCAUUUUUGUUUGGAGAGAAUAUCUAAAGAGAGAUUCUCUUUUACCUUGGGGAAAGCUUGUAGUGAAAGUUGGUACUAUGGGAAGGGUAGCUUACCAAUUGGAAGAAGUCAGUGCUCUUUCUUUUUGGGUGUAAAUAUUUGUAAUUUGUACGAAAAUCUCAAAUCAUAAUCCUGUUUUUUACAGGUAAAGUGAAAUUAUAAUUGUGUUGAUAUUGAAAUGCCAA